AUGGGCUACCAUACUUGCAGCAUCUUCAAGAGGCGGCCUGCUGUCUUCUUUCUAUUAAUCGGCAUCUUCUUCUUGAUUUCAAUCCAUCGCAGCCGAUCACCCUUCGUUACUGAGACCUACUCGCACAUUCAGACUCAACCAGACCUUAAUGAUGGCAACUUUCACUGGGCUAACGUCCCUUUGAACCAUCCCAUUUCCGUUCAAUUCAUGACCAAGAUCCCAUCAACAGCAGCCAGGACGAUCCCAAAGAUCCAGCACGUCUUUGAGAAGGAGACCACAGAGCAAAAGAAGGUUCGCCUGGCCCGUUUGGAGCAGGUCCGCAGCAACUUCACCCACGCCUGGUCCGGCUACAAGAAGUUCGCCUGGCUCCACGAUGAGGUACUACCCGUUACAGGCGGCGAACGCGACGUAUUUGGCGGCUGGGCUGCUACUCUGGUCGACUCCCUCGAUUCGCUCUACAUCAUGGGCCUCACUGAUGAUUUCGACGAGGCUGUUCAGGCAGUCAUCGAGAUCGACUUCACAAAGACCAGCUUGGACGAGAUCAACGUCUUUGAAACUACCAUCCGCUAUCUCGGUGGCUUGCUCGCGGCCUACGACAUCAGCGGGGCACGACGGGGAAAGCAUGCAACCGUCCUACUUCACAAGGCAAUCGAGCUGGGAGAUAUGCUCUACGUAGCUUUCGACACCCCUAACCACAUGCCGAUACUCCGUUGGAAGCUCAAGGUGCUCAUGGACGCCAUCAGUGCGCCACAUGGAGGUCUUAACGGCCAAUCUCAAGGCGUGGCGGCGGAUGGACAAAAGCGACUCAUGUCGCCACCAAACCAAGCAGCCCCCGAUGGCGGCUUACUUGCCGAGAUUGGCUCGCUUACCCUUGAGUUUACUCGUCUCAGCCAGAUCACCGGAAACCCCAAGUACUUCGACGCCGUGCAGCGCAUCAUGGACCUGCUAGAAAAGCAGCAAGACGAAACGAGAUUGCCCGGAAUGUGGCCGGUUGUCAUCGGACCCAGCCGGGCAAACUUUAGAGAGCACACAGGCUUCUCCAUCGGCGGAAUGGCCGACAGCGUCUACGAGUACCUCCCCAAGGAAUACAUUCUCCUGUCAGGAAAACUCCCCCAGUACCAAGACAUGUACAACAAGGCCCUUGGCGCCAUGAAGCGAAACAUCUUUUACCGACCGCGCGUCAAGAGCCCCUACGGCAGGGAGGCUCCCCGGAUGCUGAUCCCCGGCGACAUCCAAGUCGAGCCUAACGAGCCUCUUCUCGGACAGGAGCCGGAGCCCAGGGUCCAGCACCUCGGGUGCUUCGCGGGAGGCAUGGUGGCGCUCGCGGCGCGCGCCUUCUCCACGCCCAGGGAGAUGGACACGGCACGCCAACUCGUCGAAGGCUGCAUGUGGGCAUACGAAAACUCCCCUGGCGGUAUUAUGCCCGAAGUGAUGCACACGACCCGCUGCCCUCGGCGAGGCGGCGAUCCCACCACCACCACCACCACCACCGACGACGACGAUCUAAGCCACAUCCCGACCUGCGCCUGGGACGAAGACGCCUGGCAUGCCGACGUGGCCGCGCACGCCAAGCUCCCGGCCGACGACCUGCACAAGAUCGGCGGGCAUAUCGCCGAGCAGCACCUCGUGCCCGGCGUGGUGCACUACGACGACAAGCGGUACAUACUGCGGCCCGAGGCCAUCGAGAGCGUGUUUGUGCUGUACCGCACGACGGGCGACCGCUCCCUGCUUGACCGGGCCUGGGCCAUGUUUGAGACCAUUGUGCGGCUGACCAAGACGGAAAUCGCACACGCCGCGCUCGCUGACUGCACCGUAAAGGACCCCAAGAAGAGCAACUCGAUGGAGAGCUUUUGGCUCGCAGAGACGCUCAAGUAUUUCUUUCUUCUCUAUUCGGAACCGGACGUGGUCAGCCUCGACGAAUACGUGCUCAAUACCGAGGCGCACCCCUUGAGGAUCGCCAAGUGA